CCCCGCCUACCCCGAUGUGGAACCGCCCCUCUGUGACUGGUUCACGAUAACAUUCCACUCUGGCCCCGCCCACUGCCUGGCUCAGUGUCUGCUGCUCCCUGUGUCCCCAGUGUGUGUGUGUCCGGCCGGCCGGCGGGUGGAGUCCCUGUCAGCCCCCUGUCUGUGAGCCCCAGCAUUGCCCGGGGAUGGAUUACACCGGCCCCUCAUCGCCCCUCUCCCCCCACCGCCAGCCAUGAUGCUCCUCACCAGGAAGCCGGAGGGCCCCAUUACAGCAGUGAGAUAUGGUGAAGGCUUAUACGAUUCCUAUAUGAGACUUGACCAAGCCACAGCACAGGAUGCUGCAGUGGAAAAAGAGAGCCCCUCUGCACUGCCUUCUAUCGGGAGACUUACUAUAAGUGGAACUAAAUUUGCAAUGAAGGAUCAUCAACAAGUCAAAGUCCAGCAGUUGUUUGAAGACUCUGGCAACCGCAGAGUGGGUGCAGGAAUUCCUGGGCCUGACAGCACAUUCCCUGUGUUGACUAAAGAAAAGUCAUCAGACAGCUCAUGCACCUCAAAAUCCAGUGACAGUUCUACAAAAUCCUUAAAGACCACAUACCUAAAUCCUGAGCAGGCACUGAAGCAAUAUAAGCACCAACUGUCAACAUAUGAACAACAAGAAAUCCCCACUGUCAGUGAGGUCUAUUUUGUGGGUCCAAAUGCAAAAAAGAGACAAGGAAUUGUUGGGGGCCCAAACAAUGGAGGAUAUGAUGAUGACCAAGGAGGAUACCAUUUGGUUCCACAUGACCACUUGGCUUACCGAUAUGAGAUGUUAAAGGUCAUUGGGAAAGGAAGUUUUGGACAGGUUGCAAAGGUUUAUGACCAUAAGCUCCACCAGCAGGUAGCCCUGAAAGUAGUCCGUAAUGAAAAGAGGUUUCAUAGGCAAGCAGCAGAGGAAAUCAGAAUUUUAGAACACCUGAAAAAGCAGGACAAGACCGGUAGCAUGAAUGUUAUACACAUGCUGGAGAGCUUUACUUUCCGCAACCAUAUCUGCAUGACUUUUGAGCUCUUGAACAUGAAUUUGUAUGAACUAAUUAAGAGGAACAAAUUCCAUGGUUUCAGUCUGCAGUUGGUUCGCAAGUUUGCCCACUCUAUUUUACAAUGUUUGGAAGCAUUACACAGGAACAAGAUCAUCCACUGUGACCUAAAGCCUGAAAACAUUCUCCUCAAACAGCAAGGUCGUAGUGGAAUUAAGGUAAUAGACUUUGGGUCGAGUUGCUUUGAGCACCAGAGAGUGUAUACCUACAUUCAGUCUCGCUUCUACCGAGCUCCUGAGGUUAUACUUGGAAGUCGUUAUGGAAUGCCCAUUGAUAUGUGGAGCUUUGGCUGUAUACUUGUUGAGCUCUUGACUGGUUACCCGCUCUUUCCAGGAGAGGAUGAAGGAGAUCAAUUGGCAUGCAUGAUGGAACUUCUUGGAGCUCCUACACCAAAGCUUCUAGAACAAGCCAAGAGAGCCAAGAACUUUGUAAAUUCCAAGGGCUAUCCACGCUACUGUACAGUUACUACACUUCCAAAUGGAACAACAGUCCUAAAUGGGAGUAGGUCACGCAGGGGCAAAAUGCGUGGUGCUCCUGGCAGCAAAGACUGGGUUAUGGCCUUGAAGGGGUGUGAAGACAUGCUUUUCAUUGACUUCUUAAAAGGUUGUCUAAACUGGGACCCAGCUGCCCGCAUGGCCCCUAGCCAAGCACUGCGUCACCAAUGGAUCUGCAAGAGACAACCUAAGCCCCCAGUCAUAGAUAAGUCCUCAGGGAAAAGGAUUGCAAGCCAUACCAGCUCCUUUCCAGGCAUGGGCUCCAAGCUACCACCAGUUGCAGGUGUAGCAAACAAAUUACGAGCCAAUUUAAUGAACGAUUCAAAUGGGAGCAUACCACUUCGGACAGUCCUACCCAAGCUAGUGAGCUAAUCCAGGUUUUGUACCAAGCACAGUCAUAAGAAUAUUUUGAUACCCAUAACUUAACCACAACGCAUUUUAAAUUGUAUCAUUUUAAUUUUUUUUUUUACUGAUUUAAAUAAGAAACGAGGAAAAAAAUAUAGGAAUUGGCUCUGUAUAUAAUCUAUUUUAAAUAAUUCAGUUUUCAAGGGCUAAGCAUUUCAAUCACCAUCUGGUACAAACUUGAUUCUCUCUGUUUUAUAGGUCAGUCGGUUUUGUCUUUUAAUGAAGUAAAGCAAUAAUAAUCUCUUAUGUAUGAUGAAGGUGUAAAUAUAUGUUAAGUGAUAACUGUUGUUCACUUGCAGUACUAUCAAUUCAUUUAAAGGAGCACACAAGGUACCAGUCUUACUCCAAAAUAUGUGCAUAUUUUUUUCUAUCCUCUGUUGUCACUGGCCAGAAAUGCCAAAUACGACCUAUGAUGUAUGUUAAAAGAGGACUAGGCUCAGUAAAUAUGAAAUAUUUUAAGAGAAGUAAAAUUACCUGUGCAAACACUAUAAGGAGAUUUAUCAUAUAGACCCAUCUUUAGUGAACGCACUUCUUUCAAUAUUUUUUUUUUCUCUCUCAAUGACUUUCCCAGGCCUCCCAACAUACCUAUUUUUAGUGAAACGACUCUGAUUUUGGGGUCCUGUCCUGCCAUCUCACUUCAGUUCCCUGGCAUCUAUUUGAGGACACAUGCAGCUGUUCCUGGGCUGCAUAGUGUGAUGGCAUCAUCAGGUCUGUUGCCCUGUUCAGGACCAUGCAGGGAUCUUCCGUAAGGCUCCCUGCAUUGUUCUGAAGGCUGGGGGCAAUUCAGACAGGCUGCAAGUGGGUGGUCCGGCCCCUUUCCCAGGGGGGACCACCAAUUACGGGC